AUGUCGGAAGUUCACAUAACGUUGGAUCCACAAAUCAAAACACAUGUGCUUUUACCCAUUACAAUUGUGAUGUUAUUGGUGCAUUUAUUAAGACAGUUAUCAAACGUCUUCUUGAAACCCAAGCAGCAACUGCAAACUCGUGGGAAGGUUAGAGAAUCUCAGCAUUUGCAAAGACUCACAAUGAUAGGUCAAAACAGAAAUACUGUACUAUGUAGAUCUGAAUGGGAUUCAAGGAAAUUGCAAAUCAAUGAUUUGUACAAUAAGCCAACUUCCUUAAACAAGAUAUUGGAGAAGCCAUCUACCACUAAGGAAAACAAGAGUGGAACUUCAGAAUUCUCUAACCCAUUCGAGCAAAGUGGAAUGAAUGAUACCAUUAUGCAAGGUUUAAAGACUAAUAUAAUUAACUACUUACCACAACCUGUAUUAAUGUUUUAUAUGUCAUAUUUGUUCCGUGGGUAUAUUGCAUUAAAGUUGCCGUUCAAAUUGACGUCUAAUUUCAAACCAAUGUUUCAAUCCUCUAUUAUGACACCAGACCUAGAUGUUUCCUAUGUUACUGGUAUUAGUUGGUAUUUUGCCAAUUUGCUAGGUGUUGAAAGUUUGGGUAAUUUAGUGUCCUAUGUUUUUGGGAUGAAGAGAUUGUUAUCAUCGCCAGAAGAUGAUCUUUUAGAGAACGUGUCGUUACUUUUAGGCUCUGGAGGAUUAAAUCAAAUCCAGGUAGCUGGUUUAGGAACACCUAAGGCGGUGGAUACGUUCAAAAAAAAUAUAGAUGCAAUUCGGAUGGCCAACUACGACCCCUGUAUUGAUAACGUUCAAAAAAGAGUAGUUGAUAGUUUUAAAUGA